AUGGAAUCAGAAAACGGAGCUGAUGAAGCUGGAAAUGGUCGGAAUAAUCACGAAGAGAAAUUUCACGAUGCAGAGGACGGUUUGUGUCGUGGGAAUGGAAAUCCAGAUGAAGGGGAUGCUAGAGGCAAACCAGGACAGGGUUCUGGAGAUAUAAUUGCACGUAUGCCAGUUCCUAAAUAUGCUACCCACUACAAAAUGGAUCACAAAAAAAGAGGUCUUGCAUACAUUUUCAAUCACGAAUUUUUUCAAUGUGGUGGUUUGAAAGCAAGAUCGGGUACAAACGAAGAUUGUAAAAAUUUGAAAGCGUGUCUAUUGUUCCUAGGAUUUGAUGUAUUAGAAUUCAAAGAUUUGAACUAUACUGAUAUUGAGUACCAGAUAAGAGAAGUUGCCAGAAUGGAUCACACUCACCAUGACUGUCUUCUAAUAGCUGUUCUAUCUCAUGGUGAGAUGGGUAUCAUUUAUGCCAAGGACACUCCAUACAAACCUGAUUACCUCUGGUCAUCUUUUACUGCUGAUAGAUGCCCCACACUUGCAGGAAAACCAAAACUGUUCUUUCUGCAGGCCUGCCAAGGGGACAAGCUUGAUGGAGGCAUUAAUCUAUCAAAAACUGAGACUGAUGGGGAAUGCUAUAAUACUUACAGGAUUCCAGUGCAAGCAGAUUUUCUCAUUGUAUAUUCAACAGUAAAAGGUUACUACUCUUGGCGCAACACCACCAAGGGAUCCUGGUUCAUCCAAUCUCUUUGUGAAGAAUUGAAGCAAAAGGCUCUUCACUAUGAUCUCAUGACCAUUCUCACUUUUGUGUCUCAAAGGGUGGCUCUGGAUUUUGAGAGCAAUGUGCCUGAUUCUAUAACCAUGCACAGGCAAAAGCAGAUACCCUGUUUGAUGAGUAUGCUCACCAGACUCAUUCAAUUCACACCUCCAAAAUAGUUAUGGUGAUCAGGUUCUGGAAUUGGCCUAUUUAGAGUUAUCAAUUCAAUUGAGAAUCUGUGGGUUUUUAGAUCAGUUUUAGAUUCUUAAUUUAAUUGUUAAUUCUCACUUUUAUGGGGUGAAAGGUUAGGGGAAAUCUUGUGCUCUCUGCAUGAAUCAAGCUAAAGAAAAUGUGAAGUAUAGAGAAAGGUUUUGAGGUACCAAUGCUUGCUUGAAAAGUGAGUUUAAUGUGUGUAUAAUUUCAUAUAUAAUAUUGUUCACCCUUUAUAAAGACAAUUGGUGAUGUUGUCAUGAACUGUAAUAGAAAUUUGAUAUACAAUUAAAGAAAGUCAAUGAAAACUAUUAAUGUUACUCUGAAAUAUAAAAAAUAUGAUUUAUUCUAUCAAACUACUAUACUAGCUGUAUCAAGUGGGAACCAGCCCCAUAUUCUGUAGACAAAUUCCUUCAUGAUCCGGCUCGAAGGACCAUGAUACGUCAGAGGACCUGAUAUUUCAUGACAACAUCACCAAUUGUCUUUAUAAAGGGUGAACAAUAUUAUAUAUGAAAUUAUACAAUGUGUCUACAUUGUAUUAGUUUAAUGUGUUUUAAUUGAUUAUAUUAGCUCAAGCUUAGACUAUUAAUUUAUGGAUUUUUCUAUGUGCUGUCUGUAUAAAUCAGUUCUUAAUAUUUUAAUACAUUUUUUUUCAUUUGGUAUUUAUUUAAAAUGUUACUAUCGAAGCCCUGUGCUUUCUAUGGUCUCUAGUUUAUUUGUCAAGUUCAAGUUGUCUAAUAAGUUUAAAAUUGAUAAUUUCCUAGACAUUGAUAAAAUAAUUGCAACUGUUAAUAUGUUAAUUUAAGAUAUUAAAUGAAACGUCCUAUUAAUAUUGAUUAUUAUAUAAUAUAUGAAGUACAAUAGGAACAACACAUAUUUCUGGGUUGCACAUGGUGAGUAUUGUAUGAAUAACAUUUGGGUAUCUUGAUAUUUUUGGAAAUGCUUUUUUCAUUGUACUUAAGUAGACUUAAAUUUUUGAAUGAUGUUUAAACAAUUCACUGCCUAUUAUCAGUGAGAAUAUCAUAUUUUGAAGCCCUUUUUACAUUGCAAUGACAAAAAUGUUCACAUUCCAACUAAUAAAUGAAUAAAGGGUUGCAUAAAAAUACUUCUGGGAUGAAUGAAAAUUAUUAGCUAUGAUUUUGAUUGUGCCAUUGUCUUUCAGAAGGCAAAUUUUGCUAUGACAAUUUUUUGUAAGUGAUCCCAAGUAGCACAUAAUUUAUCCUGUUGUUAGAAUCCUAUUCCUUAGUGGUUAUAAAUAGGAACCCUAUAGCUUUUCUGGAUCUUCUGAAAUGUGAAUCUACAAGACCUUUUCAAUAUGAAGGAAAUGUAGAGGUGUCUCCUAUCUGUUUUUUUUACCACUUUAUUCCACUGAUUGUGUAUGCUUAUUUGGGAAAUUUUUGAAUAGGAUAAGAAAUUGUGAUAUUUUUGAUUGUAUUUAAUAACUAAAAUAUUCGCCACUAGUUGAUAAUAUCAUGUUCCCAGUCAAUUUCAUCAUUAUUCAAUUCAUUCUAUUGCAUCUUAUGGAAAUAUUUAAAUUUGUAAUAUUUUGUAGAACUUGUAUAUUUUACCCAUAUUUUUCACUAUACAAAGAAGAGGUAAAGAGUUUGAAAUAGUUUUUCAAGUUUAUAUCAAAAUAUAUAAUAAAAUAAAUAUUCUAUUGAAGCA